AAAUUUAAAGAUUCUGUCGAAAAAGAAUUUCACAAGCUGGCGCGCGUUGCAUAAAGUGCAAUACAGCAGAUGUUUACAGCUAAAAAUCUCAGGUGCAGCUGAUUGCGCAAUCAGAAAUGCAAAUAACUGUCAGGAAAUGUGAAGGAAGAUUCAAUAAAUGAAUACGCAUGGUGAUUAACGCUCUCUAUUGCCAGAAUUAUGUUUUAAAGAAAAAACAAACCACUGUUGUAUUUUUUAAAACGGCGCAACCGGCGGAAGGUUAAAUAAUAUUGUUAUAUUAUAUAGUUGACUGAAAACUGAUCUUUUAUGUGACCAAGAACUUCUUUAUGAACAAGGCUGCAAUAAGGUAGAAUUUCAGGAAAUAUUCGAUUUUCUUUCAGAGGUUUCUUCAUAAAACAAUUGGCAAUGUACUUUACAGGGAAGAAUCGAAAAAUUUUUGAAUUAAAGAAUACCGUUGAAAUUUUAACAGCGUUGACUGACGAAUACUGCAAUGAAAUCCUGAUUGGAUUUUUCUUUUUCUUUUUGGCAUAUGUGAUAAUAUUGCUGAUAAAGAAUAAAAAAAGUAAUUAUCCACCCGGUCCUAUUGGAUUGCCGUUAAUAGGAUAUUUGCCUUUUUUAUCAGAAGAUGUGCAUUUGAAAUUAAUUGAAUUAGGGAAGAAAUACGGAGAUGUCUUCAGCAUACGUCUUGGGUCUCAGAAUGUCGUCGUAUUACACGGAGGAGAUGCCAUAAGGGAAGCUUUAUCCAAACCGGAGUUCAUGGGAAGACCUCCAUUCGGUACUCUGCAGUUUACAAACCCUCUAACGGCGUUUUUUGGAGAUAAUAUGUUGCUUUGGAAAGAGCAGCGUAGAUUCGUAAUGAAGUCUUUGAAGAAUCUUGGUAUUCGGAAAACAAAAUUUGAAGAAGACGUAAUGGCUGAAAUAAAUAAUUUCUUAGAAGUUCUGAAGUUAUACAAUGGGCAACCAAUAGAUUUAAAGACUGCUCUACAAGCAAGCAUUUCCAACAACAUUUGUGCAUUAGUCUUUGGAAAAAGAUUUGAAUGUAACGAUCCUAAGAGGCUGUUUUUAGACCAAAAUUUAGAAAAAGCCAUGAACUCCCUUUCUAUGAUUAGUUCAUAUUCAUUAUUUCCUUGGAUACGACAUAUUCCAUUUUUUCAAAGAUUUCUUUCCAUUGAGAUAUCUCGAAUAAGAUAUGACGUGUUACGCAAGCAUUUCAGAAAAGAAUUAGACGAGCAUAAAAAAAGUCUGGAUCCAAAACACAUUCGAGAUUAUAUUGACAUAUUUCUUUUAGCAACUGAAUCCAGAAAGGGGAAAGAUCUAAACACAAACUUCACGGAUGACAUGCUAUUGGCAAACAUCUUGGAUCUUUUUGUUGGCGGAAGCGAAACGCUUACUUCAUCAAUUUUAUGGUUCGUGUACAGCAUGGCUGCGUUUCCGGACAUACAGAAGAAAAUCGUGCAAGAAAUAAUUGAGAUUGUAGGUCCAGGAGAAAGUCCAGAAUUCCACCACAUGAAAUACAUGCCAUAUACUUAUGCGACAAUCAUGGAAUUAAUGAGAUGGAAGACUAUUGCUGCAUUGGAUAAGCGAUAUACAGUGGCUGAUGUUUCUAUAAAUGGAUAUAAUAUCCCAAAAGGAACAAUCAUUCUUGCGAAUUUUUGGAAUGCACACAACGACUCAAGAUACUGGUUUGAACCUGAAAAGUUUAAGCCUGAACGAUUUCUGAGCAAGGAUGGAAAAUCCGUGGUGAAAUCAAAAUAUUAUAUGCCAUUUUCCUUAGGGAAACGAAACUGCCCAGGUGAAUCUAUGGCCUAUAUAGAACUGUUCCUGUAUAUCACAUCAAUAUUGCAAAAGUUUCGCAUAGAAUUUCCUAAUGGAAAGAAACCAGUCAUCAAAGGGAAACUGAACAUUACCUACAGAUCUGAGCCGUUUUUAGUGCAGUUUAAAGAAAUCACUAUGGAGUAUUUAUAUAAAACCAUUAUACCUAAAAUGAGAAAUGAAAUUGGAAAUAUUACUCCAAAACUUGAAGUUUAUCGUUAUGAAAUUCUGUUAGGAGUAUUUGCAUUCUUUUUGGCUUAUGCGAUUAUGGUGUUUGUAAAAAAAGCAAAAAGUAAUUACCCUCCUGGACCAAUGGGACUGCCGAUUGUAGGAUAUUUGCCUUUUGUCUCUAAUAAUUUGCACUUGGAUUUUACUGAAUUAGGGAAGAAAUAUGGUGAUGUAUUUAGUGUGAAAUUAGGAUCGCAAAAUAUUGUUGUACUUCAUGGAACUGAAGGGAUAAGAGAAGCUUUCAACAAAACUGAAUUCCUUGGAAGACCUCCAUCCAAUUCACUGGAGCGUAUAAAUCCAUACAGUCCUUUCUUCGGCGGAGAUUUCCACGCUUGGAAAGAACAACGGAGAUUUGUGGUACAGUCCAUGAAGGACCUUGGUCUAGGAAAGACAAAGAUUGAAGAUGAAGUAAUGGAUGAAGUAAAUCAUUUUGUGAAGGUCUUAAAAAGUCACAGUGGGCAACCAAUUGAUGUAAAGAAGCCUCUGUCUCCAAGUAUGUCCAACAAUAUAAGCGCUUUAGUCUUUGGGAAACGAUAUGAUUAUGAUAAUCCUGAUCGCCAAUUCUUGGACGAAAAUCUGGAAGAAACGAACGAAUUCGUCAGUGAGACUUCUUUAGAAUUUUUGUUUCCCUGGAUAAAACACAUUCCUUUUAUUUUUAAGAAUCUGAAUAUUGAGAGGUCAUUCGCAGCAUUUCAAAGAAUUCAUAUAUUUUUCAAAAAAGAAGUAGACGCGCAUGCAAAAACUUUGGAUCAUGGUCUUGUGCGAGACUUCAUAGAUCGAUACCUAUUGGAAAUACAAGCCCAGAAAGAGAAAAAUCCAAAUAGUACCUUUCAUUAUGACAUGUUGAUAAGUAAUGUGCUUGAUAUAUUUGGAGCCGGCAGUGAAACCGUUCGCACUUCUAUUUUGUGGUUCAUCUACUGCAUGGCCGCCUUUCCUGACAUCCAGAAAAAAGUUCAUCAAGAGAUCAUGGAAGUUUUGGGUUCAGAUAGAAGUCCAGAAUUCCAAGAUCUGAAAAGUAUGCCUUACACUCAUGCAGUUAUGCUGGAAAUAAUGAGAUGGAAGACCAUAGUUCCACUCAAUUUACAACACUAUACUUUGGGUGAUUCCACUGCUGGUGGGUACGAUAUACCUAAAGGAACAAUAGUCGUGGCCAACUUCUGGAACGCACACCACGACCCUCGAUAUUGGAAGGAACCUGAAAAAUUCAAUCCAGAAAGAUUUCUUAGCAAAGAUGGCAAGUCUGUCGUCAAGUCAAAUAAUUUUAUGCCAUUUUCCACAGGUAGAAGAGCUUGUCCUGGUGAAUCCAUGGCAUACAUAGAGAUGUUCUUGUAUUUUACUUCGAUACUACAGAAAUUUGAAAUAGCUUUUCCGCCUGGAGCUAAAGUCGACUUCUCUGCAAAAUUAACAGUCACAUAUAGACUGGAUCCAUUUAUGGUGCGAUUUAUACCAAGGAACUGAAGAAACCCGAAACUGUAUUAGAACAAAAAUUCCAUCAACAAGUCGAUGUUUAAAACCCAUGUGGUUCUUUGUAUGAAUACUAUUAAUAAAGGAAAUAGGCAAUUUGAUUAUAAAAAAAAUUGGACGGUCUUCUGAAGAAUGUUAUGACUGCUUUAAUUAUAUGGUACAUUAUGCAA